CUUCUGAUUUAUUUUCUGCCACUUCUGUUCCUCUUUGAACCAAACAAAAGACACUGAAGGAUUUUUGAAUCACGUCUUCACAGAAACACAACGAAGCAAAGACGUCCAGGUCUGAACCAGGUCUGAACCAGGUCUGAACCAGGUCUGAACCAGGUCUGAACCAGGUCUGAACCAGGACCAUGGGAGAAGUGGGGUCUACAGACUCCAGCAGCUUCUACAAAAACCAGCUCUAUGGCAGCGCUGAGCCGGUGGAGGACACAGACACCACUUGUUUUGUGGCAGAAAUUUCUCUGGAGCAGAACUACCCGGUGCAGGUCACAGAUCCUCACGAUGCAGUGACCCUCCACCUGAGCUCCAUGGCCCCGGGGCCCUUCAGCUCCCAGAGGAUACAACAGCCCGUGGAGGACGUGGACUGCAGCUGCCCCUCCUCCACCUCUCCAGAUUGUCCGAAGGCUCUCCUCGCUCCGUGCGACCGCUGUUCUCCUCCCGCUCCCAAGAUCUGCGACCUCCUCAACGACAAAGACCUGCUGGACCUGCUGCGGCUGAAGCUGGACCCGAGCCACUGCACCGUCAAGAACUGGAAGAACUUCGGGAGCCGCUGGGGCAUGUCGUACGACGAGCUGAUCCUCCUGGAGCAGCGCAGCCAGGGGGCGCUGUCCCACAGCCCCACGCUGGAGCUGCUGCUGCGCUUCAGCCACAAGAGCGUGUGGGAGCUGAGCGAACUGUGCCGCCUCUACCAGCGCGUGGACGUCCUGCGCCUCCUGCAGCGAUGGGAGCAGAACGAGUGGCCCCGCAGGUGGAGGGACCGGCACAAGACGCUCCUCAGACAGUGAGCGGGGAGAACGCGAGAGAACACGAGAGAACACGAGAGAACACGAGAGAACACGAGAGAACACGAGAGAACGGAAGAACAUGAGAGAACACGAGAGAACACGAGAGAACACGAGAGAACACGAGAGAACACGGAAGAACAUGAGAGAACACGAGAGAACACGAGAGAACACGAGAGAACACGAGAGAAC